CUCAGUCAGCUCUUGGAGGUCAGUGAGGAACGUCUGUCGGAGUCGCACCUUCGUACAGAUUUGAGAAAAGUCAAUCCAAGCACAGGAAAAGAAGGAAGGACGAAGACCCAAAAUGAAUGUUACUGACCACCUGAUAUUAAGUACAAUAUUACCGGAUGGGAUCCCAGAUUUAGUCGAUCCCAAUGAGACAGGAUCUGGCCACAUAGGUGAUGAAGUGACCAACAUGGAGGAGGAGCUGGGUUCCCACAUGGGCUAUAAUGACUCAAUGCUCUUUGAUGAGCUUAACAACUUUGUCAAGGAGAGCAAGGCAGUAGGAGGGGAUGGCCUGAUGGAGGAAGUGAUUCUCGACGCCCGCAAUCCCUCCCUGGCUGUGGUGGAAAUCAUUGUGCUGGUCUUCAUCCUCAUUGUGGCCAUUGUGGGAAACAUAUUCGUGCUGAUUGCUCUCUGGCGCCACUCUCUCUUCCAACCUAUGUCCCGGUGCUACCUGUUCAUGCUGCACCUCAGUCUGGCAGACCUCUUGGUUGCGCUGCUGAACAUACUCCCCCAACUCAUAUGGGAUAUUACAUACAGAUUUAGAGGAUCUGACUUGUUGUGUCGUUUGGUGAAGUAUGCCCAAGUUUUCGUUCUUUACGUGUCUACGUACAUGCUUGUGUUCAUGGCGGUGGAUCGAGCCCGUGCUGUACAAGGCAAUGGUCGCGGGUCAUUGAGAUCAGCGAGACUGAUGAUCGUUGGGGCAUGGGUUCUGGGUCUGAUCUUGGCAGUGCCUCAGAUCAUGCUGUUUGCCAUGCGGGAAGCCGAACCAGGCAUUCAAGACUGCUGGGUAGUGUUCGAGAUGGUGAGUGAGCGCAUUUAUGUCACAUGGUUCGUUGUCUCCAUAUUUUUGUUACCUUUGACCAUUAUUGCAGUGUGCUACGGCUACAUAUGCUGGGCGGUGUGGUGCGGCGUCAAGCCAAAUAAACAGAAAUUCACCUGCCCGAAAAAAUGCCACAGCUGCCUGCACCGCCACUCAGAGAAGGAGGAGGAGGAAGGAAAACUGGGGAUAGAGCUUCAAUCCAUCACCAACAUGGGUCACCCGAGACCGAUCAUUCCGCAUUCGCCGGUUGCUAAAGUCUCGGCAGCAAAGAUGAAGACCAUCCGCAUGACUCUGACCGUCGUCCUGGCCUUCACUGGCUGCUGGGCACCUUUCAGUAUCGCCCAACUCAUGACCGUCUACAACAGACCAGAUGACCUGUCAACACUGAACCCAGUGACAGUGGUUUGCAUGUUGCUGGCCUCGCUCAACUCCUGCACAAAUCCUUGGAUCUACCUCUACUUCAGCGGCACACUUCUCAAUCAACUCAGGGUGGUUUUAGGACUCGGCCCGAGCCGUUCCCACGACAACAUCUCCAUAGGCGACGAGGAGCACAGAGGUCAGAGAAACGACGAAAGCAAGCAUCCAAUCACCCACUCCAAUAUGGUGUAGACCAUCACAGUCUGGUGACGCCACAACCAAUGAUGGAGCCGACGCCAUCUUCCCUGCUCGACGAGCGAACUUGCAACCGUCUUUUGUGGAGGAACCUUUCGUCGUAGGAGUCUCGCAGAAAAGUCAAAAGGGACCAACAUCUCUCCUUAAUUAAUUACGUUUUUUUUAAUGUCAUGUCUUUAUCCAAUAAUUUAAUUAGAGCCGGUGUAAUGAUUACCAAUGUGUAUUCUAAUUUGCCUUUUCCCUCUACAGGAGGAAGAAUUCAGGAGGGUUCCAAGGAAGUCGUACAACUUCAACCGAAAAUAUCUAUCUAUUAUCCUUACCAUUAAAGCUUAUCAUACAUAUCACAGGUCUCUAAUGAGUGUUAGGAUGUCAUAAUGUACAACAACAGUGUGAGAGUUGAUGACUUUCCCAGUCAUCCAGCGCCUCAUGGACAACAGGUGCUCUCUGUUAGGUUACGGUUUGCCUUUCCACACAACAAGAUAGUAACAGGUAGCUAUAUACCGUCCAGUCCUUAUAACGUCAUUUUUAUUUUUUCUCCAGUAUCAGUUUUCUCAUAACUAUUAUCAUGAUAACCAUCAUCAUCAGCAUCUUCAACGUCAGAAUAGCAUCUAGGUCAUAAAACACAAGAAACAGAGUGAACACCUUAAAGAGAGUCGUAUCUCAAAUGAAAUCAAUGUUUUAAUGUCGGAUCCUGGAGGCUUAUCGAAACCGCAGUAGCACUGUACCAACAUUGCAAAAAAUGAGUUCAUCCCCUUCGGACCUACAUGGCAUAUUAUGGCCUAUAAGUGUAAAGAUACACAAAUGCACGUGUAGAAAAAUAAAUCCCGUUUUACACACACGCAAACACAC